CAAAAAGUGAUGUCAACAGUGUUCAGUUUCGUCAUCUCGAGAUCCAAAAUCGGAACAUUUUUUUCGGAAGUGAUCAGUUUUUGUGUCCCUAAAUUCCAAAUCCCGAUGAUCUAAAGUGAUGCAAUCUCCACCGCCGAACAUCGAGCGGGCGUGCGUGGUCGUGCUGGGCGACAUUGGCCGCAGCCCCCGGAUGCAGUACCACGCGAAAAGUCUUGCCGACAGGCGCUACUUCGUCGACUUGGUUGGAUACGUGGAAUCCAAACCGCUGGAAGAUUUGACGUCAAACCCGAAUGUACGCAUCCAUCCGCUGAGUCCCUUUCCGGAGCUGCACUUACCCGGCCUGGCCAAAUACCUGUUCAAGUCGUGCUGGCAAGCGCUAACGCUUCUGAUGGUUCUCAUCAGCAUCCGGAAGCCGAAGUUUAUCCUCUGUCAGAAUCCGCCGGCCAUUCCGACGGUGGCCGUAGUUUCGGUGUACUGUUUCUUUGCCCGGUGCAAAAUGAUCAUCGAUUGGCACAACUAUACGCACACGAUCCUGGCCAUGGCGUCCUCGCCGAAGAGUGUAAUCGUCCGGUUGGCCAAGGCCAUCGAGACGCACUUCGGUCGGAAGAGUGCUGAGAAUCUCUGCGUCACCAAGGCGAUGCAACAGGACCUACAGGAGAACUGGAAUAUAAGUGCUACCGUAUUGUACGAUCGACCACCGCUUCAAUUCCAUCCUCGAACGCUCGAAGAGAAGCACGCUCUUUUUAUGGAUCUGGCUAAAAUAAUCCCACAAUUUGCCAGCGCUGAGCUCGACCCCACGGAGGAAGCCCAAGAAGCGUCGGCCUUCACCGUUAAGCUACCAUCCGGUGAGGUAAAAUACCGCCCAAACCGGCCGGCGUUGCUAAUCUCUAGCACCAGCUGGACCCCCGAUGAGGACUUUGGAAUCCUGUUGGCGGCGUUGGACGCUUACGAAAAGCGAGCCGUCGAAGAAUCCGCCCAUUACCCGAGGCUGGUUUGCGUUAUAACUGGUAAGGGACCCCAGAAGGAGCACUACAAGGCACUGAUCCGGGAGAGACCUUGGCAGAAAGUGUCGGUCGUUACUCCGUGGCUUGAGAAUGCUGACUAUCCGAGGUUACUGGCGGCGGGGGAUCUCGGCGUUUGUCUCCAUUAUAGCUCUAGUGGCCUUGACCUUCCCAUGAAGGUCGUCGAUAUGUUCGGCUGUGGGCUUCCGGUCUGCGCCAUGGACUUCAAUUGCAUCGGCGAAUUGGUCCAACAUGGCCAGAAUGGAUUCGUUUUCAAAACACCCAACGAGCUGGCCAGUCAACUGUGCGACUGGUUCCGGGACUUUCCGGUGAAUGUGGCCUUAACCAACCAAAAGGAACGGAUCAACCAAAAACUAAAGGAAUUCCAGCAACUGCGCUGGGUGGAGAACUGGGACCGCAAUGUGAAACCAUUGCUCGAGCGGAUCUGAAUGCGCUUUUCGUGAAAAGCGGCGACAGGUAAUUUUCAGUACAAUACUUAAUCUUUCUGAUAUUUAACUAUUUCGCAGUACCUAAAGAAAUAAGACUUUGUUUAGCUAAUCAA